AUGCAGCGUGGAACGCCAAAUGGGGGCGGAUUCCAGCCAAGCAGACAAAGUUUCGAAGUUCGCCCUGGCACUGGCAUUCGAAGGCCCGCGUCUUGGAAUCUGCCAAAUCCGCCAGGAGAGAAAUUUGUUCGGGGUGGUUUUGCUGAUGCACCAAUGUCAUCUUCCCGUCUCACUUCUUCUUUAUUGAAUCACGGGUUUCUCCCUACCAGUGGCUCAUGGGGGACUGCGGACAGAAAUCGACAAAACACACCGAACGAGCGGGCAUCUGAAUCAUGGAGAACUCCCAGCAGGCCUCCUGGUCCAGGCGGGAGCAGUAGCGUCACGACGUUCGAUAGUUGGGCACAACGCCAGGAACCGAUAUCUAGACCGAGCGGUGGAAUUUAUACAAAUGUGAUGAAGAGGGUUAUGGAAACUGUCAUUCCUAAAGACCGUCCUGUUCCAAAACCUAGUCCUGUUCCGAAACCGAAUCUCCCGGUUGUGUCCAACAAUUCAUCCUCGUCAUCAUUCGAAAAGGGCAUGAUAAGAAAAUCAGCAUUGGAAAGCAGCUUGACCCGUAAACCAGCAUUCGAAAGUGGCAUGAUCCGUAAAGAAGAGCAAGGUAUCCGUAAAGAACAUCAAGAACGCAGCGAGUCUACCUCACAAGCAAAUUUGGCAAACAAUGAUGAGCAAGAAAAAAUGGAAAGGAUCAAGGCUGAACUGGCAAGAAUGAAGCGCGAGGACGAAAAAGCAUAUGAACUGCUUUUGGACGUAGUAAAUGCUACGAUGGAUCCAACCAGUGGAGGAAAAGGAAGCGUCUGUCUUAGCAGACUCUUCACCAGCUAUAAGAAACCUGUCGACGAACAAAUUGUUUGUUUAAUUUUUAAUCACUUUUUAUUCAAGUGA